CUCAAAGCUUUGACUUCAUGGAUUGAAAGACUGACUUGGAAAUCAGCGCUUCUUUGCUUAAUUUGGGGCUACUCAGAGGCAUUCUGCCACUGGGGGCCGGUUGAGGAGAGCAGGGUACCUCUGAAACCUGUAGCUGCUGCAUCCCGUGUGGCCAAGGCUCCCUCCUCAUCUGUCCCAUCUCUCCCCAUCACUUGUGUCCGUGCCCUCCUCUGGCACCGCCGCCACGUGAACCGGGCGCUGCGGCUCUGCCGGUGCUGGCGCAGCGGCCGGUGAGGCAGCAAUGACACGUUGCUGGCAUGGAACGGGCGUGCGUGUCCCUGCCCUGCACAGCUGCAGCCUGGGCUAAAGAAGGCUGAGGCUGCCUGUGGUGGUGAGGAUAAUGGAGUGUGUCCUAUGGCAAUGUGGCCUCCUGCCUACCAGUGUGGUGUCUGGUAAGCACGGCCGGGAAGCUGUCGGGAGGAGGAUGAGAAGGGCCAGGGUGAGGUGAGGUGAGGCUGGCAGCAGGAGUGGAAAUGUUGGGUUGAAUCUCCAGCCAUGGUUCUCUUGGAUGCCUCGUGCUUCCCAGCACCAGCGGGGACAGGCAGGGAUUGUAGCAGUCUGACCCCCAGCCUCUGCCGCGUGGCAGGACGAGCCCCAAGCCCUGGAUGCCAUCGGCUCCCCCGGUGCCACAGGUUGGGGUGGCUUUGUCCUUGAGGGAACUUCUCAGGAGCUGCGCUUCAGUCCGUCUGUGAACUGGAAGCAGAGACAAAAGCUGUGAGGGCUUGUUUCAGUGGAAUGAAUGAGUUCAUAACUGCUCAGAGGUGCGAACUAAGAGCUGGUUGUUCACAGCACACUGGUGCCUGAAUCUCAUCCCGAACUACAUCUCUCCGUGCCUGCCAAAGCUGUUCUACUACUACACAGAUGAUGUGUUCUCAGCAAAGGCUUCCGUGUGGAAGAUUUAAAAAAUAAAUAAAUAAAAAGUAACUGCAAGCUUGGAACGGUGCUGCCAGGGACUGUUUACAAGGAAGCAGCCUGAUACACAAGGAAAUGCAAUGAGUUGCAAAGAGGUGGAAUUCUACAGGAGGGCAACAAUUCCCAGCUUGUCAGAGCCGUGCAGAGGCCGCAGCCACCUCGGGCUGACGACAGGAGCUCUGCUUUUACAGGCAGCCGCAGGAAGCGAGGUUGGACUGAACGAGUAACAGAGUUCUGUGGAGCUUGUCUGAGUCACUGACCCUGCAUCUCCACCGGUUCUUUCAGACACUGCUUAGGGAGGACAGAGGAGGCUGCAGCUGAGAGAUCUGCCCUUUCUGGUCACCACCAAGUUCGGAUCUCCUCCCCUGGCCUCUCCCAGUCCUUUGUACUCACCCUGCUCAUCCAUCCAGUGCAGCCUAAAUUGACUGAGCAGCAGCUGGAAACCCAGCUCCGUGCUGCUGUGAGAGCCUGGGGACCAGCAGAGCCAUGAACGUGAGAACCGCGCUCGUGCUCCUCGCGCUGGCUUUAGCCACCAUAUUCGCGUUGGUCUGUGUGCUGCUGACCAGGGGCAGGGCCCCCGGCGCCUGCCCGCACCAGCCGCCGGCGCAGGAGGACCCCGACGAUGGCCAGAGCCUGGUCUUUGCGGACCUGACCCCCGCGGAGCUGGCGCAAGUGGUGCGGUACCUGCAGGGACACCUCGGGCUGCGGCUGGUGGACGCCGCGCGCGCAAACCCCUCCGACAACUGCAUCGCCUCCGUGGAGCUGCAGGUCCCGGCCAAGGCAGAGGCGCUGCGGUUCCUGGACGGGGCAGGGGCUCGUCCCCCCCGCGAGGCGCUGGCUGUGCUGUACCUUGGGGACCAGCCGGACCCCAACGUCACCGAGUACGUGGUGGGGCCGCUGCCGACGCCGGCGUAUCACCGGGACGUGACGGUGCGCAGGUACGGGGGGAAGGUGCCGUACCACCGCAGACCGAUGCUGGGCAGUGAGUAUGGGCAAGUGGGAGCUUUCUUGGAGACGGUGGCAUUUGCUGCAGCCCCGACCUUCCUGAAGGAAGUCCUCGAAUACGACAGCACCAACGUGGUGUUUCAGAGCUCAGCCCCUCACGGGUUCCAGUCUGGAGACCGUAAGUCCUGGUUCAUCGUGCUUCAGAAUGUGAGCGGGUUCUUCGUGCACCCGGUGGGGCUGGAGGUGCUGGUGGACCACAGCAGCCUGGACACCUCCAGCUGGGCAGUGAGCAGGGUCUUCUACAACGGGCAGUACUACAGGGACAUGGUUCAGCUGGAGAGCGCCUACGUGCAGGGUCGCAUCAGUGUGGAGAAGGUGAGGAGAGCGCCGCGGGACGGGGACUUCUCGUCCAUGAAGCCCCGAGCGCCUUCGGCUGCGCUGUUCCCUUUGCAGUACGAGCCGCAGGGUCCCCGCUACAGCGUCAGGAACAACCACGUCCUCUACCAGGCCUGGAGCUUUGCCUUUGGGAUGAGCGUGAGCACGGGCCUGCGCCUGUUUGACAUCCGACACAAGGGGGAGAGGGUUGCCUAUGAAAUCAGUGUGCAAGAGGCGCUGUCAGUGUACGGCUCCAACUGCCCGGGAGGGAUGUCCACGAGGUACAUGGAUGGGAGCUUUGGCAUCGGGCACUACACCUCCUCCUUGGUGCGAGGGGUCGACUGCCCCUAUUUAGCAACGUACGUGGACGUGCACUUCCUUGCUCAUUCUCAGGUCCCUCGAGUUAGUAAAAGUGCCCUCUGCAUCUUUGAGCAGAACCUGGGCUCCCCGCUGAGGCGCCACUACUCCAACCUGCAGUCACUUUACUACGGGGGGCUGGUCAACUCUGCUCUUGUCAUUCGGUCCAUUACAACCGUGGGCAACUACGACUACGUGUGGGACUUCAUCUUCUACCAGAACGGAGCUAUUGAAGGCAAGGUCCAGACCACAGGGUACACGAGUUCAUCCUUCCUCCAUGGGGAUGGCCUGAGAUAUGGCAAUAGGGUUUGGGAGCACACACUGGGUACGAUACAUACCCAUUUCAUCAACUACAAGGUGGACUUGGACGUGGGAGGAGUGAAAAACUCACUGGUGGCCCAUGACAUGGCCUUUGAGAUGGCGCGGGCUCCCUGGAGCCCGGAGCAGCAGAUCGAGCGGCCACGACUCACCAAGAAAGUCCUGGACACAGAGGACCAGGCUGCCUUCCGGCUCCAGGCAAAGAUGCCCAGAUACAUCUACUUCGCAGCCAACAGCAAAAACAAGUGGGGCCACCAGCGUGGCUACAGGAUCCAGGUCAUCAGUUCUGCAGGGGACCAUGUCCCCGAAGCCAGCUCCAUGGAGAGGGCCAUCAGCUGGGCAAGGUACCAGUUGGCCGUCACCCGUCGGAAGGAAGAGGAGCCCACCAGCACCAGCAUCUACAACCAGAACGACCCCUGGACACCCACCAUUGCCUUCGCUGACUUCAUCAACAACGAGACCAUCACCAACGAGGACCUGGUUGCCUGGAUCACUGCUGGGUUCCUUCACAUCCCGCACUCGGAGGAUAUUCCCAACACUGCGACAGUAGGAAAUUCAGUUGGCUUUCUCCUGAGACCCUACAACUACUAUGACCUGGACCCCUCGAUAUACUCGCAUGACGGUGUGUUUUUCACCAGUGAGCAGGACUUCACGGCGUGUGAAGUCAACCCUGUGGCAUGCCUGCCCCAAACUGCCUCUUGUUUGCCAAACUUCCCUCCGUUCACCUAUGAUGGUUUCCAAAAUACGAGCAGGUUUUAAUGCUAGAGGACAGUGCUGGGGGACACAGAGACACCAGGUUGACUCUUCUGUCUCAGAUUUCUCAGUUUUUUGGUGAAGUUGUCUCAAUUUCCAGUUGUGCAAUGACUUCACUUUUUAUCAUUGCUUUAAGAUAGUGCUCUGUAAAAGGGAAGCAUGAUCUUCCUGGCAUGGUGCUGCAUGGGAAGUCUAUAUGAGCUCUGUUAAUUGCUGAAUUUGAGUCUGUUGCAGAGGGAAAGCGAGGAGAAACCCCUGUUCCUCUGCUGUAGAAGCAAGCGCUGUGUAGUGCCUAUCUCAGGCUAAGAAAAUGAAAAUGGUUCUGGUCCA